AUGCGCCUGCGGCCGCUGCCCCUCGUCGUAGUCCCCGGCUUGCUACAGCUGGUGAGUGCCCGGCCUGCGGUGCUGUCCAUGUGCCGGGAUGCGUUUCGGCGGGAAAUCCUCUUCUGUAAGGGAUCUAGGAGCGAGCUCCUCCAGAACUGGGCUAGAAGCUCAGGCCGUGACGGGAGUUUAGAUCGCCUUACUGUUGAUGGGGAAGAAUCGCACUUAGAGAGAGGCACCUGGAGGCGACUUGAAGGGCUUAGUGAGGGUUGGAUGUACUGUUUCGGUAAAAGGAGGAGGCGCCUUGGCGGGAGCGGGAGGCUGGGGAGCGCGUCCCCGCCGCGCGCACCCCAGUCCGCCUCGCCCCGCCGUGCUCCUCCCUGUCGCUAUAAAGAGAAGGCGGGCGCUGCGCUCGGCUGCAAGCUCGGUCCGGCGCCUCGCAUCCGUUUCCAUCGGGUUCUACAGAAACUCGUGUGGUUCCUCCCGGCGACAGCCAAAAAGGUGAAGCUGAUCGAGAGCGAGGAAGCUUUUCAAGAGGCCCUGGUGUCUGCGGGAGACAAGCUUGUAGUUGUGGACUUCUCUGCCACGUGGUGCGGACCUUGCAAAAUGAUCAAGCCCUUCUUUCAUUCCCUCUCUGAAAAGUAUUCCAGUGUGGUGUUCCUUGAAGUAGAUGUGGAUGACUGCCAGGAUAUUGCUGCAGACUGUGAAGUCAAAUGCAUGCCGACCUUCCAGUUUUAUAAAAAGGGUCAAAAGGUGGGUGAAUUCUCUGGCGCUAACAAGGAAAAGCUUGAAGCUUCUAUUGCUGAAUUUGCCUGAUCAUCCUGAAAAACAGAACCAGCCACCAGCUGUUUAAACCUGUAACUUUUUUUAAAUUUUCAAACAAAUAUGAAGUGUGAAGAGAGUCUAUGCCCAACUGCCAUCUGAUUAUAAAUGACAAUAAAAUAUUAAUUCUAA